CCAUACCACUAAGUAAAUAUAAGCAUAAUUUAAUGACUGGAAAAAGGAUUGCAACUACAAGUUACAUAAAGAUGCAUGCGGAUGCAAGAUUAAAUAGUGACAACUCUUCUGAAAAUGGUAUGAAUCAUUUGUCAUAUGAUGCUGCAAAACAUAUCCAGAAUUUUCCUUCUGAGCUUGUGAAGGCAUUUCACAAAGAAUCACUCUCAAAAAUGGAUAUCCAGAUUCUGGUUGAUAAAUUGCACGGUCUAUCAGAAUUGCUCCUUGCAUAUUGUUCAAAUGGUUCAGCUGCAUUACACCGGAAAGACGUCAAGUCUCUCAAGACUGUGAUGAAUAACCUUGAUGUUUGUAUAAAUAGCUUUGGAUCACAAGAUUCUCUCUCACCUGAGCAACGAACUUCACAAAAUCUUGAGCCGUUUCAUCAACUUCAUUCGGAUUUCCAGGAUGUGAGAGUGCUCAAGUCCCAAUCCCAGAUGACAAAGAUUGAAGGAAAAAAUUUGGAGUGUUUAUCAAAUGAUGGCAAUGGUGUUGAGGAAACGAAUCAAUACAUAUUGUCUAUCAAGAAAGACAAAGAAGCUGCGGACUCUCUUUAUCUUAGGAAUGGGAUUGACUCGAUGAAAGAAGACAGCAUGACCAAGGCUCUUAAGAAGGUUCUGAGAGAGAAUUUUCAUGAUGACAAAGAACAUCCUCAAUCUCUUUUGUACAAGAAUCUAUGGCUUGAAGCAGAAGCUGCAUUAUGUGCUUCCAAAUUAAUAGCUCGUUUUAGUAUAGCAAAGUCGGAAAUGGAGAAACAUGAACUACCAAUAGUGAGAGAACGUGCCGAAAAUUGGGACGAACUACUCGUUUCUGGUGUAUCUCCUGGUUCAAGCACCGUUGGGAAAUUGGCACCUAAGACUAAAGUUGGUUCAACUUCAUUUGUUCCCGUCCAGACUUCCCCUGCCGUGAGUGUCAGUAGUCAUGCUGUAGAUGAUGUGAUUACUAGAUUCCAUAUUCUCAAAUGCCGAGAGGAUGAAGCAAAGGAUAGGCAUGCUGGAUAUUCCGGACAAGACAUGGUUGAAAAAUCAGCACUCGACAAGGAACAAACUGCAGUCCCUUGUAUCAAUGACAUGGAUUCUUCCUUCACCACCUCGAAGGUCGAUGGGGAUGACUCUAGGCCUGCUCUUCCAUCAAUUUCCCCUACCUUGACAAGGAACAGCCAUACAGAAGAUGUCAUGUCUAGAUUUCAAAUUCUAAAAUCUCGAGAUGAGCGCAUAAGUUCUUUGAAUGUGGGAAAGGUGCAGAAAAUUAGAAGCUCCUGUUGCAGUGAGGUCGACAUGUUGGCACCUAAAGGUAAUACUGUGCAUAGCGUGGGUAUCUCAACUAUACAUCAUCGCUUUGCAGAUAAUAAAAGUGAAGUUGAUGAUUUAGAUGCUUCAGCACCGGGCAGACUAGAUGCCCCGAGGAGUCGUGGAAACCACAUAAGCUUGACCUUGACCCCUGCGAGAGAACAGUUACAGGAGAGAGUAACUGUAAAAAAAGGAGGUUUGGGAGUUGAAAUGGAACCUUUCUUGCGGUUUGAAGGUGGGAAGGAAGGUAGAAACUAUGGUGAAGGCAAGCUUCCUGCUGGUUGUUCUGAUGGGUCCUCAUCUGAAUGGGAACAUGUUCUCUGGUGAAUAGACUUGUUGUAAUCAACUCUCUGUCGAUGCUAUCAUACGUUUGAUUUUUGUCGAAUGAAGUUCAGGUGAAACUGUUUAACCGAGAUUCUCGGAGAUUGUCAACCACAGUUGAUCAUAAUAGAUAUAUUUUUGUAA